AUGUUUACUCAGGGGGAAAAAAAUAGUGGCUUUGAUGUCCUUUACCAUAAUAUGAAACAUGGACAGAUAUCAACGAAAGAACUAGCAGAUUUUGUGAGAGAAAGAGCUACAAUAGAAGAAGCAUACUCCAGGUCAAUGACAAAACUAGCAAAAUCCGCAAGCAACUAUUCACAGCUUGGAACAUUUGCACCAGUGUGGGAUGUGUUCAAAACAUCUACAGAGAAAUUAGCAAACUGUCACUUGGAUCUUGUUAGAAAAUUACAAGAAUUAAUAAAGGAAGUUCAGAAGUAUGGAGAAGAACAAGUAAAAUCUCAUAAAAAGACUAAAGAAGAGGUUGCAGGAACUCUGGAAGCUGUUCAAGCCAUUCAGAGCAUAACUCAGGCCCUUCAGAAAUCCAAGGAAAAUUACAAUGCCAAGUGUGUAGAACAAGAACGUUUGAAAAAGGAAGGAGCUACACAAAGAGAAAUAGAAAAGGCAGCUGUUAAAUCUAAGAAAGCUACAGAUACCUAUAAACUUUAUGUGGAAAAAUAUGCAUUAGCGAAAGCUGAUUUUGAACAGAAAAUGACAGAAACAGCUCAGAAAUUUCAAGAUAUUGAAGAAGCUCAUGUCAUUCACAUAAAGGAAAUUAUAGAAUCCUUGUCAAAUGCUAUAAAGGAAAUUCAUUUGCAAAUAGGCCAGGUCCAUGAAGAAUUUAUAAAUAACAUGGCUAACACUACAGUUGAAAGCUUGAUACAAAAAUUUGCUGAGUCAAAAGGCACUGGGAAGGAAAGACCUGGCCUUAUUGAAUUUGAAGAAUGUGACCCUGCUAGUGCAGUUGAAGGUAUAAAACCACGGAAAAGAAAGACUUUUGGUUUGCCAGGAAUAAUUAAAAAGGAAAAGGAUGCAGAGUCUGUGGAAUGCCCUGAUGCAGAUUCACUUAACAUUCCUGAUGUAGAUGAAGAAGGCUAUAGUAUAAAACCAGAAGCAAAUCAGAAUGAUACCAAAGAGAACCAUUUCUACUCAUCUAGUGAUUCUGAUUCUGAAGAUGAAGAACCAAAGAAAUAUCGGAUAGAAAUCAAACCUGUGCAUCCAAAUAACUCACAUCACACAAUGGCUUCCUUGGAUGAAUUAAAAGUAUCUAUAGGAAAUAUCACACUGUCCCCAGCAAUAUCUAGACACAGCCCAGUGCAGAUGAAUAGGAAUUCAUCUAGUGAAGAGCUAACAAAAUCGAAGCCAUGUGCUGGAUCUAAUGAGAAGGGGACCAGCGAUUUACUUGCUUGGGAUCCCCUGUUUGGACCAUCUCUUGAUUCAUCAUCUUCUACUUCACUAACUUCGUCAUCAUCAUCAGCCAGGCCCACAACUCCUCUUUCUGUAGGCACCAUUGUCCCACCUCCAAGGCCUGCUUCCAGACCAAAGCUUACUUCAGGCAAACUCAGUGGGAUUAAUGAAAUACCCAGGCCAUUCAGCCCACCUGUAACUUCCAAUACCAGCCCACCUCCUGCAGCUCCUUUAGCCCGGGCGGAAAGUUCUUCCUCUAUCUCCUCUUCGGCUUCAUUAAGUGCUGCCAAUACUCCAACAGUAGGUGUGUCACGAGGUCCCAGCCCUGUCAGCCUUGGAAAUCAGGACACCUUACCUGUGGCAGUUGCCCUUACAGAAUCUGUUAAUGCCUACUUUAAAGGAGCAGACCCUACCAAGUGUAUUGUGAAGAUCACUGGUGACAUGACAAUAUCGUUUCCGAGUGGAAUUAUUAAAGUCUUCACUAGCAAUCCAUCUCCAGCUGUGCUGUGUUUCAGGGUGAAACACAUCAGCAGACUAGAGCAAAUUCUUCCGAAUGCUCAACUUGUGUUCAGUGAUCCAUCACAGUGUGAUUCUAACACAAAAGAUUUUUGGAUGAACAUGCAAGCUGUUACUGUCUACCUCAAGAAGCUAUCAGAGCAAAAUCCAGCUGCUUCUUAUUAUAAUGUAGAUGUAUUAAAGUAUCAGGUAUCAUCAAAUGGUAUUCAGUCCACUCCUCUAAAUCUUGCAACAUAUUGGAAGUGUAGUGCUGGCACCACAGAUCUUAGAGUGGAUUAUAAGUACAACCCAGAAGCUAUGGUGGCACCGAGCGUGCUUUCAAACAUACAGGUGGUGGUACCAGUGGAUGGAGGAGUCACGAAUAUGCAGUCCCUUCCCCCUGCAAUAUGGAAUGCAGAACAAAUGAAAGCCUUUUGGAAACUGUCUGGUAUUUCAGAAAAAUCAGAAAAUGGAGGUUCUGGGUCCCUCAGAGCAAAAUUUGAUCUUUCAGAAGGACCUAGUAAACCCACAACACUUGCAGUGCAGUUCCUCAGCGAGGGAAGUACCCUUUCGGGAGUAGAUAUUGAACUUGUAGGCACUGGCUAUAGGCUUUCCUUAGUAAAGAAGCGGUUUGCCACUGGACGAUACCUGGCAGAUUGCUGA